CCCAAUCAAAAGGUACGACCACAGCCACAAUCACAACUCCCCCUAAAUCUCUCACAUCUCUUAUCUUUCUCUCUCUUAUAAUACAAGACCCUAGCCCUCUCUCACGCCCCAACCACCACCAUCAACCAAACCUUCCUCUCUCGAUUUCCCUUCAAUCCCCUUCUGGGCUUUGCAAUUCGGCCAAUUGGGUCCCCAAAUCUGCAACCUUUUCCUCUGUCUAACGCGAAACGGAAGAGAAACACCCACAUAGAGAAAGAGAAAAAAAAGGAGAGGAAGAAACAAUUUUAGGGUGUGGGGUUAAAACCCGGGGUUGAAGCAUUGCAGACAUCACGGCUAUUCAAGGAGUUCGCCACUCUCUUUCUCAUGCCCGUUGUGUCCGACGCAAGGGUUGUGUGACGGAGAGCAAUCCUUCGCCGCACGGCGGGCGUGGCGCUCUGCCUUCCGAAGGUGGCAGCCCCUCCGACCUCCUCUUCCUCGCUGGCGGUGGUUCUUCCCAUUAGCAUUCUAAAGUAGUAUUAGCCAUUAACAUUACAUCCUACACCUUCAAAAGUUCUCUCUAUUAGCGGUUUCUGGUUUCUUUUGUUCUUCUUCUUUGGUAGUUGUUAGGUUUGGUGAGGUCUAAGAUGUUGAGCAUUAAGAGGGUUCCCACUUUGGUUUCAAAUUAUCAAAAAGAAGAGACAGGGGAGGCUGCUGCCGGAGGUUGUGGUCGUAACUGCCUCAAAAGUUGUUGCAUUCAAGGUGCGAGACUGCCUUUGUAUGCUUUCAAGAAGGUGGACAAGGUUUGUGGAAAUGAAUUGCCUUUGCUUGGAUGCAAGGAGCAGCACCCUGUGGCCUUUCUGGACUCGCUUGUUCUUGGAGAGUGGGAAGAUCGCAUGCAGAGAGGGCUUUUCCGCUAUGACGUUACAGCCUGUGAAACCAAGGUGAUUCCUGGGGAGUAUGGUUUCAUUGCUCAGCUGAAUGAGGGUCGCCACCUCAAGAAGAGACCAACUGAGUUUCGUGUUGAUAAGGUCCUCCAGCCCUUUGAUGAAAACAAGUUUAACUUCACUAAAGUUGGGCAAGAAGAGGUCCUGUUUCAGCUUGAGGCUAGCAAUGAUGGGGAGGCUCAAUUCUUUCCAAAUGCACCUAUUGAUGUUGAGAAUUCUCCUAGUUUUGUUGCCAUCAAUGUGAGUCCUAUUGAAUAUGGGCAUGUGCUGCUGAUUCCACGGAUUUUUGAGUGUUUACCUCAAAGGAUUGACCAUGCAAGCUUCUUGCUUGCACUUCAAAUGGCAGUUGAAGCAAGGAAUCCAUAUUUUAGGUUGGGUUACAACAGCUUGGGUGCAUUUGCAACCAUUAACCAUCUCCACUUUCAGGCAUAUUACUUGGCUCUUCCUUUUCCAAUUGAGAAGGCCCCUACUAAGAAAAUUGCCAAGUUAAGCGGUGGUGUGAUAAUAUCUAAACUGUUAAACUAUCCAGUCAGAGGCCUUGUCUUUGAGGGCGGUCAUACACUAGAGGAUUUAGCAAAUGCUGUUUCAGAAGCCUGCAUCUGCCUUCAGCACAACAACAUACCUUACAAUGUACUUAUUUCAGAUUGUGGAAGGCAAAUAUUUCUCUUACCACAGUGCUAUGCAGAGAAACAAGCCCUUGGAGAAGUGAGUCCUGAGCUUCUGGAGACCCAAGUGAAUCCUGCUGUGUGGGAAAUUAGUGGGCACAUGGUGCUGAAGAGGAAGAAGGACUAUGAGGAGGCAUCUGAAGCCAAUGCUUGGAGGCUUCUUGCUGAGGUUUCCCUCUCUGAAGAGAGGCUUCUAGAAGUCACUGCUCUUGUUUUUCAAGCCAUUACAUCAUCGGUUGAGAUGAAUGUCAAGCCUCAACGUCUUGAGGAAGUUGAUGCCGUUAGCCCAAACGCACAGCAUGCCAUAGUGGCUGGUUCACAUGAAUGCCUUGUUCUCCAGUAACAAGGCUAUGAACAAAUUCGUAGUGAUUAUGAACUAAAUAUUGCUUGCCAUGUUACGUUUCAGUUCUAAUAUGUGUAGUACCUUAUAUUAUGGUCCAGUUACUGGAGUCUGAAGUAUUUAUGUUUUAAGGACUUGAAUAAUUGUGGUUUGUAUUUUAUUAUAUGGACUCGCUGUACGGUGCUUGAUUGUCCUUCGUGGUCUAUGUAAAAAUACAAUGACUGUUCUUCUGUUAUUCAGUGGUUAGUGUUUCUGUGUUUGUGGUUUGAUUAAUGUGACAUACUUUCAUAUA